GUUGUAGGUCAUGAAGUAGGCGUCCCGUAGCCGCCACGUGGGGGGAGGUGAGAACGCGCUGCGAUUGGCUGGGAGGCGGCGUCGGUCGCCUCUUCUCUGGAGGGGGAGCCCAUGUAACUUUGUGUGUUAGUUUUACGCCGGAGCUGCAGAGACCGGAGCCGGCGACCGAUCCCCGGAUGGAGCAGCAGCCCAGCACCCGGAGCUGCAUGAACGGAGCCCGAGAGCCGCUCAUGAACCUGAACAUCCAAAGCACAACGGGCACCCGCUAUGAGCUUCAUGUGCCGGCCGAGGAGACGGUGGACGGACUGAAGCGGCGGAUCUCUCAGCGGCUCAAGGUGCCCAAGGAGCGGCUCACCCUACUGCACCGGGAGACACGUUUAAGCUCUGGAAAGCUGCUGGAUCUGGGAGUUUCAGACGGAAGCCGGCUGACCCUCCUACCUACUGUUGAGGCUGGACUCAUGUCCCAGAUGUCCCGCCCGGAGCAGUCAGUGAUGCAGGCCCUAGAGAGUCUGACAGAGACGCAGGUGAAUGAUUUUUUAUCUGGACGCUCUCCCCUUACUCUGGCACUUCGUGUUGGGGAUCACAUGAUGUUUGUACAGCUUCAGUUGGCUGCCCAGCAAGCCGGGGGGUCUCACCUUCAGCACCGCCAUCUGAUCACCAGAGGGACUGAGCACAAUGCAGCUCCCCACUUCCGUACCCUGCAUACAAGCACCACACCUGCGCUUACCCGACUGGCUGCUUGCUCACAGAGUUCUCCUCCUCCGCCUGUGUCGGUGCCCGCUGCUUCCACACAUUGCAAUGCCCCUCACUCUUCCCUUACCCCUAGCGUCUUCCGCUCGCAUGGAGAGGGUGUGUCUACAUCACCCCAUACAGAGCAGGUAGAAUGCAGUAGCAGCAGUCGGAAUAGUGAAGAUGCCAGUACUUCCCAGUCGGGUCGACAGCGCAAGCCUGGUGCCAUUAUAGAAAGUUUUGUCAACCAUGCUCCUGGUGUCUUCUCAGGGACUUUUUCAGGCACUUUGCAUCCCCACUGCCAGGACAGUACAGGACGUCCUCGCCGUGACAUUGGGACAAUUCUGCAAAUCCUUAAUGACCUACUGAGUGCCACUCGCCACUACCAGGGUAUGCCACCCUCACUCACCACACUCCGCUGCCACACCCAGUGCGCAUCACAGACCAGGAAUGCCAAGGCUACCUCACCCAAAAAUAGUGAUACCCAGCAGACAAACCACCCAGCAGGACAUUCCCAGCCCCAAGCUCGCCAGUGCAAACCUACUGCCUGCAACAGAUUUGAAAGAAGGCAAAGUCAAACACGUGUACAUAUUGCAGGUGAUCGCUUGCGGCAGACAGAAAACAGGGCAACUCGCUGUAAAGUGGAAAGACUGCAGUUGCUCAUGCAUCAGAAGAGACUGCGCCGGAAGGCACGGAGGGACUCUAGGGCUCCAUAUCAGUGGCUUCCUACUAGAAAGUCCAGUCGGACCAGCAGUAACAGCAGUACAACUAGUGGAGAGGGUGCCCUUGACAUGGACUUUGAGGAUUCUCUAUGGAAACCAGAUGUCAAGGCUGAACUUAACUCUGAGUUUGUGGUGGCAUGAGGCAUAUACUACAGCAUCAUACAUUUUUAUUUUUACUUUUUUUUUUUUGUAUUUUGGUCCAGGAAAGAACUGCUUUGAUUGCUGUGUAUGUAGCUGGGAAACUAAGACUAGUAUCUUAAUGAAGAUGUGAUUUACCAACAAACACAAAAAAAUGGUCAACCUUAAAAACAAAUAUAAAAUAAACAACUAAAAAAAAAUCUUAGACUUGAAUGACAAUAAAAUAACUGUCUGCCUUAAACGCUUUCAUGAGUGUUACAGGUUUAAACUGUACCCUUGCAUUGGAGUGUGAAAGCAAUAAGGCACACUCUUGUUCCUGGAGAUGGCGUCCCCCUCCUCCCACCUCCCCCACUCCUGGAUCAAUUCCACAACACAUGAAUGCACAGAUGGGAACAUUUCAGAGCCUGGGAAUACUUAACACACCUGCUCUGGGACAGAACCUCAGAUAUGCUGCUGUUCAGGGUGCAUCUGCCUCUAUAGAACUUUGUACUUGGAAUUUACCUGGGUCAAGGACAACCAGGGACUUAUCUACAAUACUUCAUUUGUAAUCAUCACCGUUAUUGUCAUAUGUAGCAUCAAUGUACUAUGCUGUGGGCUUCUGUACAUCCUCUGACUGGUUUUGGGGUGGGACCUAUUCUGCAUGCUGUGCCUCCCAUCCAUCCUUGCCCCUUUAAUAACCAUGAAGUGGGGACAGUAGCAGGGAGGGAGGCAGCACUGUGCUGUUUAAGCUCUCUAUCAUAUUUACCUCACGUCAGACUUUUUUUUUUUUUUUUUUUUAUUCCUUGCCCCCUGAUCAACAGUUUAGGACACUUUUUUUUUUUUUUUUUUUUGUGAAACUUUUUUGUUUUGUCCCCCCCCCUUAAAUUAAAUGUUUUUGGAGCUAUGUGCUAAUGUUGGGGGAAUUCUAUAUGCAGUAUUGGUACACAUGGGUAUGUUCCUCCUAGUGUUUCUCCCUGCCCUGCUAUUUUGGUUCUUGCUCUGUGCAGGGAAUUUGCUUUCUCACUGUGACGUACUCUCUGCGUGCACCAGGUAUGUUUCCUGGCAGUCUGUGCGUGAGAAUGGUUAGUGUGCUUCUCCCCCACUUGUGGGUGUUGCAGGAAGAUGUGCAAAUCACUAACAUUCUGCAGCACUACAACUGAGAGAGGCUGAGCUUGGGCCCACUCUCCUCUUUUGUUGCUGCUGACCUGAAACUGACACUGAUUUCAAUGUUAACAUUAAGUGGUAGAGUGGGCUAAUGAUGAUUCUGUCAAGCUAGAUGGCAGCAAUGAUGUGGGCUGAUGCAUACAAUUUCUCCUCAGUUUCUGUUUCUUCAGGCUGUUGUAUGGAUGUAGUGUCACAAAAGCCAGUAAUGGUUUUUGUUUGUGUCUUUGUUUCGUGUGAAAUUCCCCCACACCCCCCUUCCUUAAUUUUUUUUUUUUUUGGUUAUAAAAUCUGCAAUGUCUAAUCUGUUUGUAUUUGUGUCUUACAAAUUUACAAUAUUGUUCUCCAAACAUGUAAUUUCCAAAUACAUGUUUCUGAGGAAUCUACUCCUUGUUUUGAGGUUCUGUGGGCUCUUCUAGUGCAAUCUGUGUGUCAAUGGCCUCAUCUGCACUGAAUCAACUUUAUUUAUGCACUUCUAAAUGGUUUAUAGACACCAGUGUGUGAGGGGGAGAUAGAUAUACAUUAUUUUUUUUUUUUUUUUUUUUUGGUACCUCAGGGCUACAUACAGGUACACUGCUUUUCUGGUAAUACUGAUUGAAAGACCAUUGCUGGGGCACAUCCAUUUGCAGGUAGAAAUGGAAGUACACUAAGCAGAAAAGUAGUCAUUCAGCUUAGAAUCUUUCUCGAAAUAAAAAAACAAAAACAUA